AUGAGCUACAAAUAUUCGAAAUUGAACGAGGAUGAGUUUGCAGAAACUCCUAGCUCACAUGCACAACUUUUAGAGCGGCAAGAGGUAUAGUUUUUCAAAAAAAAAACCAUUUGAUCAACGAAAAACGAUUUCAGCAAAUUAUUCGAGAUCAAGACGAUGAGCUUGAGAUGGUUGGAAACUCGGUGAGAACGUUGAGAGGGAUGAGUUCGAGAAUUGGAGAAGAGCUGGAUCAUCAAGCAAUGUGAGUUUUAUGAAAAUUAUCUCGAUCUAGUUCUGUUGUGUUUAGAAUGUUAGAUGAACUUGGACAAGAUAUGGAUCGGGUGGAUUCGAAGCUGGAUGCGGUGAUGAAGAAAAUGGCAAAAUUGACGCAUUUGGAGGAUGGUGAGUUUAGAAAUGUUUUUUUUAUUGGGAACAUUCCCGAAAUAGAUUUUUUUAAAAGAAUUUUGAACAUUCCAUGUACAUACAUAUAAUCUUAUUCCACAUUUUCCGGUUCCAGUUUGAUUUUCUUUGUUGGAUAUUGCGAAAUCCAAAAUAUUUUCAACAUGCUCAUAGAAAUGCGCCAGCUGUCGGUCGGCUUGCGCAUUUCAUGUAGGCAACUUAAUUUUUAUGAGAAAAUGUGCAAAGAAUAAUCGAAAAAAAAGGAACACGUACAAGUUUUUGUAUUUUCAGCGUGUCAUUUUCAUUGGGAAAUAAAAAAAAUAGGAAAUAAUUCUAUUUCAAAAAAAUAAUACAUAGUUUAGAUUUUCAAAUCCGAAUUCAAUUAUUUUAAGAUAAAAAAUAUUUUCCACAAAAAUUUCAAGCCCCCCCCCCCCAUCCACAAGCCUAAAAUCAAUAUUUUCCAGACUCAAGUCAAUGCAAAAUGAUCAUCGUGCUCAGUGCUCUUUUAUUUUUCCUAGUCUUUGUCCUUAUUGUUCUCUAA